AUGGAGAAGCUCGGUUCGAUGAUGGAGUACCGAUUGAAGACGCUGACAAGCUGGAUGGUGCGCUCCGGCAAUGGGACGCUCGAGGAGCUGCUGCACGACGCCUGCGACACGCUCGUCCAGUGGCCGUGGACCACCGGUCUGCUCUGGUACGGUCCGGUCGGGUUCGCCCUCGCGUACGGACUCUACCUGUUCUACUAUCAAGCGGUGGUCUGGAAGCGGGAUCUCACCGAUAUUGGGUACAACCACAUCCUGGAUGCGGCCGGCAUUGGCAAGAGCGACCGGAAGCGGGUCGACACGGUCAAUCGGGCCCGGCGGCUGCGCAAGAUCGGCGACCGGUUGCCGCCACCGUACCCGAACGGAUGGUUCUCGGUGCUGGAGUCGGCGGACCUGGCCGCCGGGGAGGCGAAAGCCGUCGACUGUCUCGGUCAGAAUUUGGUCGUCUUCCGGACGGACGCGGGCGAGGUGAACGUGCUGGAUGCGUACUGUCCGCAUCUGGGCGCCAACCUCGGCGUCGGCGGGAUCGUGCGGGGCGACUGCAUCGAGUGCCCGUUCCACCACUGGACGUUCAGCGGCCGGGACGGCCAGUGUACCAACAUCCCGUACAGCAAGUCCGGCACGGUCCCGAAGGUGGCCCGGCUGCGCAAAUGGCGCUCCCGCGAGGUGAACGGCUUCAUCUUCGUCUGGCACCAUGCGGAUCCGGAGGUCGAACCGUGGACGGUCAGCGUGGUGCAGGAAAUCGAGGACGGGCGGUGGGUGUACUACGGUAAGAACGAGUUCCUGGUCAACUGCCACAUCCAGGAUGUGCCGGAAAAUGGGGCGGACGUUGCCCAUCUCGCUGCCGUGCACGGACCGAACAUGAUGUCCGGUAGCGACAUCCGCUAUUCGCGACCGGCCUGGGCCGACUUCGGGAUGCACUCCUGGCUGGCGAGCUGGCAAGCACCGGACGAGGGCGAACCGGCGCACGUCGCCAAGAUGGAUCUGGUACAUUCGUUCCGAAUCUUCAACAAGUUUGAGGUGGGCAAAAUCGAUGUCCGCGCGUAUCAGAUCGGGCCGGGGUACGUGCAGCUGCUGAUGAACACCGGCAUGGGACCGUUCGUGGUGCUGCAAACGGUGACACCGGUCGAGCCGCUCGUGCAGAAGGUUAUCCAUCGGUUCUACGCACCGCGCAACGUAUGGAACGCCAUCUUCCAGAAGUUUGCGAUCCUGGCGGAGAGCAUCAUGUUCGAGCGUGACAUGAUGGUCUGGAACCAUAAGCAGUUCAUUGACAACCCGCUGCUGAUCAAGGAGGAUCGGUUGAUCAAGAGCUACCGCAAGUGGUACGGCCAGUUCUACUCCGAAAACAGCGUCAGCUUCACGAUGGCCAAGGAAAAGCUCGACUGGUGA